CUGAAAGGUCUUGAUUAAAGGAGUUAAAGGCAGCGCUUGGCAGUCGUGCAUCUUCGGGAGUCACUCCGGAACAGCUCGUUAGGAUGCGCCUGAGGUGCGGGAGCCUCGCGAUAGUGUCUGUGCUUAGGCGAUGCGUGACGCCCGAUGCUAAGGUUACACUCCCAGGCUACUUCAAGACGCACUGCAGAGGUGCACGGAGGCUCCUGUCCAAACUACGCUCUCGGGCAAUUUCCUAAAAACACUGUUUACGCGCCGCUUAAUGCCGACGGAUCGCACGUUUCGCUGACCGCCCCAUCCUCGGGGCUUCGGUGUCACUAACUCUCCGGCGGCUCGCUUGAUUUUUUCCCCCCCCAGUCUUGAAAAGUAGCUUGAUGAGUGUCCAAAGUAACAGUGGAAGUGGUGGAAGUUUGGAGGGGACGCCAUCUUGGUCCCAGCUCUCCACGUCCCCAACACUGGGCUUGCUUUCUCAGCAACAUAUCACGGUACCGGUGAAGGCAAAGGAAGGUGCAAUGGAUGAGCUCCACAGCCUGGACCCCAGGAGGCAGGAGCUGCUGGAGGCGCGAUUCAUGGGGGGGGUCGGGGGCAGCACUGGGGGCAGCACUGGAAGCGCCAGCGGGGGCACAAAAGGCUUAACGAAUAAUGAAUGUUCGAAUCACAGUUUCGGAAGUCUUGGUUCCUCAAGUGACAAGGAAUCAGAGACCCCGGAAAAAAAGCACUCUGAGUCCUCGAGGAGUAGAAAGAGGAAAGUGGAGAACCAGUCCGAGAGCAGCCAAGGGAAGUCUGUUGUACGAGGACCCAAAAUUAGCGAUUUCUUCGAUUUCCAGGGGGGCAAUGGCUCCAGUCCAGUCAGAGGUCUCCCUCCAGUCAUCCGUUCUCCCCAGAAUUCACAUUCCCAUUCCGCACCAGGCUCCAUGAUUAGGCAAAACAGUUCAUCUCCUACUAGUCUGACUUUCGGGGACCAUAUGAUGCACCCAAAACAACUGUCAAUCAAAUGUGUCCAGACUGAUCUGACCGUACUGAAGCUGGCAGCCCUCGAAAGUAAUAAGAACUUGGACCUUGAGAAGAAGGAGGGGAGGAUAGACGAUUUGCUUCGGGCAAACUGUGAUCUCAGGAGACAAAUAGAUGAACAACAGAAAUUACUUGAAAAGUACAAGGAACGCUUAAAUAAAUGUAUAACCAUGAGCAAGAAGAUGCUUAUUGAGAAGAGCACCCAAGAGAAGCUGGCGUGCCGAGAGAAGAGCAUGCAGGACCGGCUGCGGCUGGGCCACUUCACCACGGUGCGGCACGGCGCCUCCUUCACGGAGCAGUGGACUGACGGCUUCGCCUUCCAGAACCUGGUCAAACAGCAGGAGUGGAUUAACCAGCAGAGGGAAGAGAUCGAGAGGCAGAGGAAGCUCUUAGCCAAGAGGAAGCCUCCAAUGACCAGCAGCUCCCAAACGCUGACCACAAACUCUGAGCCAAAGCAGCGGAAGAGCAAGGCCGUGAACGGGGCGGAGAACGAUCCCUUUCUCAAACCCAGCCUACCUCAGCUGUUAACUUUGGCUGAGUAUCAUGAACAAGAGGAGAUCUUCAAACUUCGACUCGGCCAUCUCAAGAAGGAAGAGGCUGAGAUCCAGACGGAACUGGAGCGGCUGGAGAGGGUCCGCAACCUGCACAUCCGGGAGCUGAAGAGAAUAAACAACGAGGACAGCUCACAGUUCAAAGAUCAUCCAACCCUGAAUGACCGGUACCUUCUGCUGCACCUGCUGGGAAGAGGAGGAUUCAGUGAAGUUUAUAAAGCCUUUGACUUAUUUGAACAACGUUAUGCUGCUGUGAAAAUCCAUCAGCUCAAUAAGAACUGGAGGGAUGAGAAGAAAGAGAAUUACCACAAGCAUGCCUGUCGGGAAUACAGAAUACACAAGCAGCUCGACCACCCGAGGAUAGUAAAACUGUACGAUUACUUCUCCUUGGACACGGAUACGUUUUGUACCGUGUUGGAGUUCUGCGAGGGCAAUGACCUGGACUUCUACUUGAAGCAGCACAAGCUGAUGUCGGAGAAGGAGGCGCGAUCCAUCAUCAUGCAGAUCGUGAACGCCCUGCGCUACCUGAACGAGAUCAAGCCUCCCAUCAUCCACUAUGACCUCAAGCCAGGGAACAUCCUGCUUGUGGAUGGCACAGCCUGUGGGGAAAUCAAGAUCACGGACUUCGGCCUGUCCAAAAUCAUGGAUGACGACAACUACGGAGUGGAUGGGAUGGACCUGACAUCGCAAGGAGCAGGAACAUACUGGUACUUGCCACCUGAAUGUUUUGUAGUAGGCAAAGAACCUCCAAAGAUCUCUAACAAGGUGGACGUCUGGUCGGUGGGUGUCAUCUUUUUCCAGUGUCUCUACGGAAGAAAGCCAUUUGGCCACAACCAGUCCCAGCAAGACAUCUUGCAGGAGAACACAAUACUCAAAGCAACAGAAGUCCAGUUCCCAGUCAAGCCAGUUGCAAGUAAUGAAGCUAAGGCCUUUAUAAGACGGUGCUUGGCUUACCGGAAGGAGGACCGCUUUGACGUGCACCAGCUGGGCUCUGACUCCUACCUGCUUCCUCACAUGAGGAGGUCCAACUCCUCAGGGAACCUGCAGAUGGGCACAGCCUCUGGCCCCGCCCCCUCCAGCAUCAUCUCCUACUAA